UCUUCCAGUUGGACAUUCGGUUGCGCGCCGUUGUACGAGACGGUCGCACAAUUUUCGGUGCGUUGUUCUUGGAGCCUACGAUUGCGACUGCGACUGCGAUUGCCACUUCGACUACGAUUGCGAUUGCGACUGCGACGCCUGGCCGCCUGGCUGUCUCACACAAUUGUUUGCCAUAUAUAACAUCGUAACCUUUUCUUUUCGAAACGCAUUGAAAACAAACACACACCUCGAAUACGAACCUAAAAACUGCCCAUUUUACAAUUUACAAAACAAGAAUACUAAAUAAAUAUAAUAAUUUAAAUAACCAAAUAGCUGCCAAAUCAAAUAUAUACUCGUAAACAAAUCAAAAAAUAAUAUAAAAAUAUAUAACCAUGGGAUCAACGGGAUCCCAGCGACACACGCUGUCGCUCCUGUGGCGUCUCUUCGCCGUUAUCCUUGUGCUCAAUGCCUGCCACGUAUCGCUGAGUAAUGGAAAGCAAAUCUCAAGUCUAGAUGAGAGCGACAAACUGUUCUUUGAUACCGAGGAUGAAACGCCAUUGUCCGGCAUCGAUAUCGUGCAAUCCGAUGCGCCCCUAAUCGAGGAUACGCCCGCUGAUAGCAGUUGGCUAUCGAAGAGCUACAGUCGUGUGCGUCGCGAGUUGAAUCGUCUGUUUGGCAACAAUGCUGCCACAGCCGAAAAGCAACAGCAUCAACAUCAACAUCAGCAGCGACUGAAGCGCACGAAGAAGGGAUUGGGCAUCAAUAAGAAGCAACGUCUGGCCAAGCGUCAACAGCAAGGUUCGCUGCCCCAAAAGCAUCCCUACGACGAUUACGAGAAUGAAGCCGGCUCCGGCACCGUUGAGGGAGAGACCGCAACCUAUCGUACACGCUUCACUCUUACCGAGCCAUUCCGCGUCGAGUACAACGACAAGGACAGUGAACAGUUCCAGGCAUUGGCCAAGGAUAUUUCAAAUGGUUUGAAUGAGCUCUUCAUUAGCACUCACGGCCACGAGGACGAUGAUGACAAUCUGAUCAGCACGCUGGUGAGCGUCGGGGAAACGAACGACCACUACAAGAUCUAUGUGAUUGUGAAUCUGGAGAUACCGACAAACACACCCGAUUUUGAAAAUAAAUUGCGCGAGCAUCUGCAAAACUAUCAUGUCAUUGGCCAUACGAGUGCACAACUCGACAAAGACUUUUAUUUCCGUCCAAUUGUGGAUAACCAGUGUAGUAAUCCAAAGGAUUUCGAGAUUGAUGAGUUCAUUUGUGAUGCCGGCCCCAUUGAUAGCAUCUCCUGUCUGCGCGUGUGCAACAACAUCGCCGACUGUUCCGAUGGCUCCGAUGAGAACGCCGAGAUGUGUUUGGCUCGGCGUCAACGGGUACAAUUGUAUCCCAAUCCGUAUACAAACCACUCGAGAUGGGCAACAUCGAAUGCGUCGUACUACGACGAGCCAACCGAAGACGAUGGGGAUGUGACCGUAGUUGAUCUCGAUGUCGCCGAUGUUGAUGAUGAUGCCGAUGAUGAGGAACAAUGUCGUUUACCCGGCGAUCUAUUCGAGUGUGUUAGUGGCAGUCCGUUUAACAUUAUUUGCGAGGACAUUUGCAAUGGCCAAAGCGAUUGCGAGGAUGCCUCCGAUGAGGAUGCAGCGCUGUGUGACCGUCGCCAGCGUGCGAACAAACAUUGCGAGCAGGACUACGAUGAUUUCGAGUGCGAGUCGGGCGAAAAGUUGAGCACACCCUGUUACAAUGUGUGCAACGGCGUUGCCGACUGUGACGAUGGCUCCGAUGAGACUGCCGCGCUGUGUCAGUAUCGCCAACCGAAGGUGGGAACAAACGAAACCGAUGACGAUUUGGCUGGAUUGUUGCCGCCGCCCCUGCAAUGUCGCGGCGAUAAUGAAUUUUUCCAGUGUGAGGGAUCCAUAACCCGUAUACCUUGCUAUGAUAUUUGCAAUCGUCGCAGCGACUGCGAAGAUGCCUCCGAUGAGGAUCCGGAAAUGUGUGCACUGCUCUUCACGAAUCGUCGUGAAGUUACGGCGACAAACUUCUACAGCAGCUACGAUCAGUGUCCGACCAAUGAGGGCAGCUUCCAGUGCCACAGUGGCCUCAUCUUUAGUGUGUCCUGCUAUGAUUUGUGCAACGGCCGUAACGAUUGCGUCGAUGGCUCCGAUGAGGUGGAAGCCAUGUGUCAACAACGACAGCGGAAGUUGAAUUCGAUCCCAUCUCGGAAUAAUGCGCGUGAUCCCAACGCCCCUGAAAUAACCGAGACCGUUGAUGAAGAUGGCUCCGGUGAACCCGAACCCGCAUCCAACCCGAAACCGGAACAAUCUGAAUGUCGCGGUGAUGCCACAUACAUUUGCCCACAAAGCGGCACUCGCGUCUGCGAUGAGGCGAAGUGCGAUGGCAGAAGAGACUGUCCCGAUGGGGAAGAUGAGGAGGAUUGCCCCAACGUUUGCAACGAUGGCGAACACCCAUGCGACGAGCAUCGCUGCUUGGUCCCCAGUAUGAUCUGCGAUGGCAUUCAUCAGUGCGAUGAUGGCACCGAUGAGGCCGGCUGUACCAAAGUUGAAGAGAACCCAAGACCCGAGGAGCCUGAACAGCCAAAGAACGAUAACAAUAAUGAAGAUGUUAAUAUUUAUAAUCCACCGCAGCCACAGGAAUGUCAUGAGAAUCAGUUUAGAUGCCACAGUGGAAAGUGCAUUGAGGCCAGACAGCGAUGCGAUCUCGUCAACGAUUGUCCCGAUGGCGAAGAUGAGGGCGACGACUGCCCUGCCGCCUGCAGCAGCAUGGAGUAUCAAUGUCGCGAUGGCUCACACUGCAUCAGCGACAGCCAGCGUUGCGAUGGCCACGCCGAUUGCAACGAAGGCGACGAUGAGGAGAACUGCGACGGAAGUGGCAACGAUGAACUUCAGUGUCUGUAUAAUGAAUUCCGUUGCGGGAACGGUGAGUGCAUACCGAUCCGUCAGUAUUGCGAUAACAUCUACGAUUGUAACGAUUACACAGACGAGCAGGACUGCGUGACGAACGACAUCAACGAUCUCGAUACCGUCGAUGAAGACGGCAUUAUACGAAACUAUGGCGAUCACGGUGGCCGACCUCGUCCACCGCUGAAUACGGGUUACGAUCGCGAUCAAAAUCGCGACACCGACACCGAGGGGCUCGAUGAACAAGAUCUGCGCGACUAUCAAUUGUAUUUGCCAAAGGAACAAUAUGGCAAAUCGACGCCACAGAAUCCGUGUGCAUCGAAUCAGUUCAAGUGUCGCAACAACGUUUGCAUUCCACUGCAUCUGCGUUGCGAUGGCUUUCAUCAUUGCAACGAUAUGAGUGAUGAGGACAAUUGUGACCGCUAUCGUCCGUCGCAGACGACACGAGGACCAAUCGUAACGCGGCCAACGUUGCCGCCGGUGACGCUUGCCCCCGUGUAUAAUCCAUGGACAACGGCGGCGCCAGCUGCGCUUGAACGUCAACCAACAACAACAACAACAAGAACGACAACAGCAAGUCGCAUCACCACUAACCCAAAUCCAACAAUACCAACAAUAACAACAGCAGGAACAGGUGCAGCGACUGGCAAUGCAUGUCUGCAGGGUUAUUUUGCUUGCAAUGGAGAAUGCGUCCAUGAAUCCAUUAGAUGCAAUGGCCGCAACGAUUGCGAAGGUGGCAUCGAUGAGCUCGAUUGUCAGGACAUACACACGCCCUCAACAAGAUUCAGAGACUGUCUGCCAAAUGAAUGGCAAUGCCAGAGCUUUGAAUGCAUCAAUGAAAAAUAUUUGUGUGACGACCACUUCGAUUGUGAGGACCAAUCGGAUGAAUGGCCCGAUAACUGCAAGGGACAGGCCACCACUCGGCAAACUGCAGAAGAUUGCCACAGGGAUCAAUUCUUUUGCGAUAAUUUGUGUUUGAAUCGCUCGAAACAAUGCAAUGGUCACUACGAUUGCAACGAUCGUAGUGAUGAGCGUGAUUGUCCCAUUCAGCCGACACGUUAUCCAUCAUAUUCACCGCUACCGUGUCCACAGCACACUUGCCCCAGUGGCAGAUGCUACUCGGAGGUGGAACGUUGUGAUGGCCAGCGUCAUUGCGAGGAUAACUCCGACGAGGCCAACUGCUGUGCUUCGGAUCAGUUCCGUUGCCGCAAUGGUGACUGCGUGUCUCUGGAUGAUGUCUGCAAUGGCUAUCCCCAGUGUAUCGAUGGCUCCGAUGAGGCUGAUUGUCCACUGCAAUGCCAGGCGAAUCAGUUCCGUUGCCGCAACGGACAGUGCGUGAGCGCCGCGGUGCGUUGCAAUGGUCAAACCGACUGCCAGGAUAGUUCCGAUGAGCUAAAUUGUGGUCAUUCACAUACUGCUGGCGGGAGAACCUCGAGCAUGCCACCGACAAGCAAAACAAUCAAACCGACAACAACAACGACCACAACACCAAUCCCACAACCACCAACAACAACGACAACAAGCUCAAGCCCAACAACCUCAUUGAUGCCGCUGCGCAUCAUUUGCCCGUCGACAACAUUCCGCUGUGAGAAUGGACCGUGCAUUGCGCACGGAUUGCGCUGCAAUGGCGUGGUCGAUUGUCCGUUCGAUACCAGCGAUGAGCUGGACUGCGGUCCCAUCACUAAUGAGAUCGAUACCCAAGAACCACAAUCGACUGGACGUAAUAAUCAAUUGAACCUGAAGACCUAUCCCAAUAGCCAGAUCAUCAAAGAAAGAUAUAUUAGGGAGGGUCGCGAGGUCAUCUUCCGUUGUCGUGAUGAGGGUCCAGCUCGCGCCAAGGUCAGGUGGUCACGUCCCGGCGGUCGUCCUUUGCCCGUUGGCUUCACCGAUAAGAACGGACGUCUGGAAAUUCCCAACAUUCGCGUAGAGGAUUCUGGCACUUAUGUGUGUGAAGCUGUCGGCUAUCCCAACUACGUGCAGGGCCAACAGGUUACCGUUCAUCUGACUGUCGAACGCUUCAACGAUCUCGGACACGAUCGUCCACCGACAGCUUGCAGCGAAUAUCAGGCCACUUGCAUGAACGGCGAGUGUAUUGACAAGUCCAACGUUUGCGAUGGCAUUCCCCACUGUUCCGAUGGCUCCGACGAGCACAGCUGCAGCCAAGGACGUCGUUGUCAACCCAAUCAGUUCCUGUGCAGCAACAAGAAGUGCGUGGAACGCACCUGGCGUUGCGAUGGUGAAAACGAUUGCGGUGACAAUUCCGAUGAGCAAUCGUGUGAUCCCGAACCAAGUGGCGCUCCCUGUCGCUACAAUGAAUUCCAAUGUUCCAGCGGCCAUUGCAUACCCAAGAGCUUCCAGUGUGAUGAUCUCAACGAUUGUCGCGAUGGCAGCGAUGAAAUCGGUUGCAUGGAACCUGUGCCCAUUCGUCCACCGCCUCCAAUGCAAUCCCUGCUCGAGGGUCAACCCUUGGAACUGACCUGCACAGCCACCGGUGUGCCAGUGCCCACAAUUGUGUGGCGUCUGAACUGGGGUCAUGUGCCCGACAAGUGUACAUCGAAGAGCAACAAUGGUCGCGGCGAACUCUAUUGUCCCGAUAUGCGUCACGAGGAUAGCGGUGCGUACUCGUGUGAAAUCAUCAAUACACGUGGCACACACUUUGUCAACCCCGAUACGAUUGUCAAGGUGACACCCGAUCGCAAUCAAUACUGCUCGGCAGGAUUCUUCAAUAUGCUGGCACGCUCCAGUGAGGAGUGCAUCAAAUGCUUCUGCUUCGGUGUCGCCAGCUCUUGUGACAGCGCCAAUCUCUUUAUCUAUGCCAUCCAGCCGCCAAUUCAGGCGAAUCGUGUCGUCAGCGUCGAACUGAGUCCCUACCACGAGAUCGUGAUCAAUGAAUCGCCCGGACACAAUGUGCUCAAUCUGCAUCACGGCGUGCAGUUCCGUGCCUCCGAUGUGCAGUACAACAGUCGCCAAACACCGUACCUGGCAUUGCCCAGCGAUUACAUGGGCAAUCAGCUCAAGUCCUAUGGCGGCUCGCUCAAGUACGAGGUCAGCUAUUUCGGCAAUGGACGUCAAGUGUUUGGACCCGAUGUUAUCAUCACCGGCAAUCGUUUGACCCUCACGCACAGUGUUGGCACACAACCCAAUCUCUCGAAUAAGGUGAAGGUUCCCUUCCUGCCCGGCAACUGGCUGAAGCCCGAUGGUCGCAAGGCGACGCGUGAGGAGAUCAUGAUGAUUCUGGCCAAUGUGGACAAUGUGUUGAUUCGCCUGGGCUACAUCGAUACCGUGGCACGUGAAGUGGAGGUGGUUAACAUUGUGAUGGACUCAGCUGGCACCUCGGAUCAAGGUCUGGGCAGCGCCUCCUUGGUCGAGAAAUGCAACUGUCCUCCCGGCUAUGUGGGUGAUUCGUGCGAGACCUGCGCCCCUGGCUACGUGCGUCAACCCGGUGGCCCCUGGCUGGGACACUGUGUGCCCUUCGUGCCCGAACCCUGCCCCGCCGGCACCUACGGUGACCCACGUCGUGGCAUCGCAUGUCGCGAGUGCCCCUGCCCCCAGAGUGGCAGCAAUAACUUUGCCAGCGGCUGUGAACUUAGUCCCGACGGCGAUGUCAGCUGCAAGUGCCACGAAGGCUACACGGGUCGCCGCUGCGAGGCCUGCGCGGCUGGUUAUCAGGGCAACCCAUUGAUACCCGGCGGCAACUGUCGCAAGAUACCCGAAUCUACGUGCAACGACAAGGGCACCUAUCAUGUGGGCGAAAACAGCUGCACAUGCAAGCCACUGGUAACCGGCGAGCGUUGCGACACCUGCGCACCCAAGAGUUUCCAUCUCAAUUCAUUCACGUUCACCGGUUGCAUUGAGUGCUUCUGCAGCGGCCUGCAGACCGAAUGUGACAGCACCUCGUGGUAUCGCGAUCAGGUGACCAGCAGCUUUGGACGCUCCUCUGUGCCACAUGGCUUCCAGCUGGUGCGUGAUUACACCCAAACCGCACCCGAAACUGUGCCCUUCGUGACCGCACAGACCAGCAUCUCGUUCUAUUCGGAAUCGGACUACGGCUCGGAUACGUUAUAUUGGAGUCUGCCCGCUGCAUUCUUGGGCAACAAACUUACCGCAUAUGGCGGCCGUCUCAGCUACACGGUCAGCUACAGUCCACUGCCUGGUGGUCUGAUGUCCCGCAAUAAUGCACCCGAUGUGGUCAUCAAGAGUGGUGAAGAUCUAACGCUCAUCCAUUAUCGCAAGUCUGCCGUUAACCCCAGCCAAUCCAGCGCGUAUGCUGUGCCCAUCCUUGAGAGUGCCUGGCAUCGCAGCGAUGGUCAGGUUGCCAAUCGCGAGCAUCUGUUGAUGGCCCUCAGUAAAAUCGAUUCCAUCUACAUCAAGGCCACGUACACCACCAGCACCAAGGAGGGCGCUCUCCAGCAGGUCACCCUCGACACUGCCACGUCCACCAAUCUGGGUGCACCCCGCGCCUUUGAAGUGGAGGAAUGCCGUUGCCCUCAGGGCUACAUUGGUCUGUCCUGCGAACGCUGUGCUCCUGGCUACAAGCGCAAUCCCGAAGAGGGUCUCUAUCUCGGUCUUUGCGAACCCUGCGAAUGCAACGGUCACUCGUCGCAGUGCGAUGCUGAGACUGGCGAAUGUCUGAACUGCGCUGACAACACCGAAGGCGAGAACUGCGAACAGUGCGCCGCUGGCUAUGUGGGCGAUGCCACACGGGGCUCAUCUUAUGACUGCCAGCCCGAUAACAACGGACAACAGCCACAGCCACCACCGCCAAGGCCCGACGAUCAGAGGAGAUGCGAAUACUGCAACAGCGAUGGCACCCAAAGCUGUCGCGACGGCUACUGUGAAUGCAAACCGAAUGUGGUUGGCAACCGCUGUGACAAGUGUCGCGAUGGCACCUUUGGACUGUCUCUUUACACCCCGAACGGUUGCAAGGAAUGCUUCUGUUCCGGCCAGUCGACCCAGUGUCAAUCAGCGUCACUCUAUCGCCAACUGAUCGCCGUUGAUUUCAUCAGCAACCAAGCGCUGAUCACCAACGAAGAUGGCCAGGAGAUGACCAGAGACAACCUGACUAAGGAUGUACCCAACAAUAAGUACACAUAUUCGUACCCCUCGUAUGCGACCAAAUACUGGAGUCUGCGCGGCAAUGUACAAGGCAAUCAAUUGAAUGCCUAUGGCGGCGCUCUCAACUACACCCUGAAUGCCGAAUCUUUUGCCCAGUAUCAGCCCGGUAACGAUGUCAUUCUCAUUGGCAACGGUAUUCGUUUGAUUUGGUCACGACCUGCCGAGCUCUCGCAUAGCGAUCAAUACAGCGUUGUGCUCAGCGAGGAGGAGCAAUGGCAGCGUUUGGAUUCGGGUCGCGCGGUGCCUGCCACGCGCAGUGAUGUGAUGAGUGUGCUGACCAACGUGGAGCAUCUGCUCAUUCGUGCCACACCCAAGAUACCCACCACCAGGACGUCCAUUCAAGAUGUUACCCUCGAAGUGUCCGUGGAUCGUGCUCAGCCCGGUGCCGAGCAUGCUGUCGACAUUGAGACAUGUCAGUGUCCUGCCGCCUAUGUUGGCAACUCGUGCGAGAGUUGCGCGCCCUUGCAUUAUCGCGCUGCGAACAAUCAGUGCGUCUCGUGUCCAUGCCACAAGGAUAACACCCAGAGUUGUCAUCUGGGCAACAGCGAUUAUCCCGAAUGUGUGUGCAAGCCACGUUUCACCGGCGAUCGUUGCACGGAAUACGACAAUGGCAGCCCGGAACCAACCCCAACAGACAUACCAAAUAUUCGCACCCAAAUCAUUGUGUCGAUCUCGAAGCCCCAGAUCACGAUUAUGCCAGUGGGUGGAUCUGUCUCCCUUAAGUGCAGCGGUCGCAUGAAGUGGAAUAAUGAUCCUGUUGUCGUCAGCUGGUACAAGCAGAACAGUUUGCUGCCAGUGAACGCCGAAGUUAAUGGCGGUGAACUCUAUAUCCACCAGCUGCAAUUGAGCGAUUCUGGCGUCUAUACCUGCAGAGCAAUCAACAAUCAGACCUCGCAUACCUUCGAGGACAGUGUCUCGAUCACUGUGACACAACAAUCGCAACGUUCCCCCGCUCGCAUCAUCGAUCUGCCAUCCACGGUGACCAUUGACGAGUAUCAAGCAUACGAGAUCACCUGCCAGGUCGAUGGCAAUCCCGCUCCCUCAGUGAAGUGGACACGCGUCGAUGGCCAGGCCGAUGGACACAUUCGCACCGAUGGCGGUCGCUUGAUCUUCGAAUCGCCGCGCAAAUCCGAUGAAGGACAAUACCGUUGCACCGCCGAGAAUCAAUACGAUCGCGAUGAGAAAUACGUGCAGAUCUAUGUGCGUGGCAAUGCCCCAGUGCCACCGCCACCCCGUGAACGUGUCUACAUUCAGCCCGAGGACUACAAUGGCGAAGCCGGUGACACUGUGCGCUUCACCUGUCAAUCGACCAGCGGCGCUUUGUUGCACUACGAGUGGCUGCACGACAGCUAUCCGCUCAAUCCCCAGCAACAGCGCAACAUCAUCAUCAGCGGCGACACGCUAGAGAUCCGUGAUGCCACCGCUCGGGACUCCGGUAUUUACACGUGUGUCGGUAUCGAUCUGCGCAGUCAACGCAACUACACUGAGGAUGCUCGCGUCUACAUUGAGCAGCGUCAGCAGCCGCCCUCUGGCGAUGGCAUUGCACCCGUUAUUGUGCGCUUCCCCGAGGCGAACACGAUCGUUCAGGGCAGCGACUUUAGCAUCACUUGCGAGUCAAGCGGCUCUCCAUACCCGACCAUCAAAUGGACCAAGAUCAAUGAUCAGCUCGCAUCGAAUGUCCAUCAGACCGGCAAUGUGUUGCGCAUCAUCAACGCCAGGAUCGAGAAUCGUGGUUUCUAUCUCUGCAUAGCUGAGAAUGCCCAUGGCCAAGAUCAAGUUCGCGCGAGUAUCGAUAUUGAUCCUCGGGAGUCUCCGAGCGUUGACAUUUCACCGUCGCAACCGACUCUGGUUGGAUCACAGGGAAUGCUCUACUGUACGGGCACUGGAAUUCCCGCGCCCACGGUACAAUGGCGUCGUGUCGAUGGUGCUCCGCUAUCGCCACGUCAUCGCGUCGAGGCCGAGGGCUACGUGCUCUUUGAUGACAUCCAAAUUUCCGAUGCCGGCGAUUACGAGUGCGUCGCCGAGAACUCCGUGGGUCGCGUCAGCUCAGUGACAACACUGCGUGUGGUGGAGCGUCCGGUGGUCACGAUCACCGCGGACAGCUCGUCGGGACAUUACACCGUCGGCGAUGAGGUGGACAUCAUAUGCACGGCUAGCGGCUAUCCGAAUCCCUCGGUGCGCUGGAUUUAUCCCGAUGGCCAUCAGACGCGCGAUACACAGGAAAUCCAGGCGAAUGCCUACCAUGGCAAUCAGGCGUUCUUACACUUCAAUUCGGUGCGUGCUUCCGAUGCCAAUGAUUACAAGUGCGAGGCGACCAAUGAGUUUGGCAGCGAUGAGCAAUCGAUUCGCAUCUUUGUGCAGCAGAAGCGUGGCGAUAUUCCCGAUCCUAUUGGCGAAGUUGAUCAUCCCGAUGAUUAUGACAACAGGCAGCAGCAGCCAAGCGCCGACAAUAUCUACAAUACGAAUAUUGGCGAAAAUGUGACAUUCAGUUGCGAUCUGCGUCCCUAUGGCCAAACCCAUUGGGUGCGUGCCGAUGGUCAGCCAAUGCAGCCCAAUGUUCGCUCCGAGCAAAACACUUUGCAAAUCACAUUUGUGACGCAACUGAAUCUGGGAACUUACCGCUGCAAUGCCGUCGAUCAGCGUGGCUAUAUCGUUGCCCAUUUCGAUCGUGAACUGGUUCUGUUGCCACUGCCACAGAUCACAUUCCAUCCCAGCAUUCCGCUUGAGGUUGAACCCGAUCGCAACGUCGCCAUCUACUGCCAGGUGAUCAAUGCCAGACCCGAGGACGUGCACUGGACCACCGACAACAAUCGGCCAUUGCCCAGCUCUGUCUACAUCGAUGGACAAUAUCUGCGCUUUGAGGCCAUCACGCCAGCCGAUGCUGGCGGCUACAGCUGCACGGCCUCUAACGAGUUCGGCAAUGUGAGCAAGAAUGCCCAGGUUGUGGUGCGACGUCCCAACUAUCAGGCGCAGCCGCAAUCGCAGCUGCAGGAGAGACGCGAGGGCGAAAGCAUUCAGUUGCGUUGCAGUGUCACAACAUCACGCGGUGAGCCACACAGCGAUAACAUUCAGUUCAAUUGGCGUCGCGAGGAUAAUGAACCACUUCCACGCGAUGCGCGUCCCGAUAGCCAAGUGCUGAUCCUGAAUUCGUUGCGCAUCGAGGAUAGCGGUCGCUUCAUCUGCGACUCGUAUGACUUGGAGAACAAUCAGCGUUUGCCACAGACCUCCGUUGAUUUGCGUGUACUAAAAAAAAAGUACACAACAAGUGUGUAUGGCCGCCACGAUUAUCCCUGCAUGGUUUUAUUUAUAUGCGCAGAUUUCAAACUUAAGCAAAUGACGCCAAGCAAAACGCUGGCAACAUCAGCAGUGGCUCCAGCUCGUGGCCCCAGCAUCUCGUAUGUGUGCCAACCGAAUGACUUCAAGUGCGUUUCGCAUCCGCAUACGUGCGUGAGAUCGAGCAUGGUCUGUGAUGGCAUCUACGACUGCACGGAUCACUCGGAUGAGUUCAACUGCACGCGUGAUUUUGGCAGCAAGACAGCAAACAAAGCAUCAGCUGGAGGCGGUGGCGGAGGAGGAAACAAUUUCAAACGCUGGAAGAAGAGUCAACCACAAUUCGCAAACGGAAACGGAAACGGAUAUGGCAAGGGCAACAAAGGAAGCGCAAGCGACAAGCAUAAAAUGUGGAAGCAGGAGCUGCGACGCGACAGGACGAGGAAACGACAAGUUGUGCAACAAGAAAUGCUGAGCCAAAGCUUCGCGGGUCUGGCCACAACUCCAGCCAACUAUCCGCCCCAAUAUCUGCCACCAAGGGAGCCGAUAAUCCCACGUGACUACAGCUUGAAAUUGGAUCAGCAAUCGUCGAAAUUGCAUGUGGGCGAAUCCACCGAAGUGGAGUGCUACUCCUCGGACAACAGCUACACGGAUGUGAUCUGGGAACGUUCCGAUGGUGCACCACUCUCAGACAAUAUUCGGCAAGUGGGCAAUCGUCUGGUCAUCGCUCAGGUGACUGCUGCCGAUGCUGGCAACUAUGUGUGCAAGUGCCGCACGGAUAAGGGCGAUCUCUAUACCACCAGCUAUGAGCUGGCUAUUGAGGAGCAGCCCCACGAGUUUCGACGCCCCAAGAUCGUUCAUGCCCAGGUCGGUGAGAAUGCGCAGCUCAAUUGCGGUGCCGAUGACAGUCGCCAGCCGAGCUAUCGCUGGUCCCGUCAAUAUGGACAACUGCAGCACGGACGCGAUAUUCUCAAUAACCAACUUGAUUUGACCGAUGUGCAGGCCAAUGAUGCUGGCACCUACAUCUGCACUGCUGUCUAUGCGGAUGGUGAGUCCGUGGACUAUCCAAGCAUUCUGGUGGCCACCGGCGCCAUACCGCACUUCCAUCAGACACCGCUCAGCUACAUGAGUUUCCCCUAUUUGCCGAACUCAUCGUUCAAGUUCAACUUUGAGAUCACCUUCCGACCGGAGACUGGCAACGGUCUGCUGCUGUUCAAUGGACGCACUCGCGGCUCCGGCGGCUACAUUGCCUUGUCCCUCAAGGAUCGCAAUGUGGAAUUCCAUUUCAAUUUCGGUGGCAAGCCUUUGAUGGUCCGUGCCGAACAACCGCUCGAACUGAAUGAAUGGCAUACGGUGCGUGUGCAUAGAUCACGUCGCGAUGGCUACAUUCAGCUGGACGAACAGCAUCCAGUGGCAUUCCCCACGCUGACAGAGACACCGCCCUUGGAACUGAUUGAGGAUCUGUAUAUUGGCGCAGUGCCCAGCUGGGAUCUGUUGCCGGCCGAUGCGGUGUCCGAGCAGAGCGGCUUCGUUGGUUGCAUCAGUCGCCUGGCACUCCAGGGUCGCACCGUCGAGCUGAUGAAGGAGGCCAAGAUCAAGGAGGGCAUCACCAGCUGCAAGCCGUGUGCCAACGCACCCUGCGCCAAUGGCGGCAUCUGUCUCGAAAGCCAAACGGAACUCGCCUACACCUGUGUCUGCCAACAGGGCUGGACGGGACGUAAUUGUGCCAUCGCUGGCACUCAGUGCACUCCCGGAAUUUGUGGAGCCGGACGUUGUGAGAACACCGAACUGGACAUGGAAUGCCUUUGCCCCCUGAAUCGCACCGGAGAUCGUUGCCAGUACAUCGAACACCUGAACGAGCAUAGCUUGAACUUCAAGCGCAACAGCUACGCGGCUUUCAGCACACCUCGUGUGUCACGCAUCAACGUCACCCUGUCGCUGCGUCCCUCGAGCCUCCAAGAUGCCGUGCUGCUCUACACAGCCGAAUCGAAGCUGCCCAGCGGCGACUACGUGGCGCUUGUGCUGCGCGACGGUCACGUCGAGCUGCUGAUCAAUACGGCGGCCCGCCUCAAGCCGGUGGUGGUGCGAUCACUGGAUCCACUGCCGCUGCACCGCUGGACACGUGUUGAGCUGCUGCGUCGCCAGGGCGAGAGCAUACUCAAGGUGGGCAAUGCAGCGCCACAGCAUGCGAAGGCAGCGGGCGCUCCACGGACGCUGUCGCUGAAGACGCCACUUUAUGUGGGCGGCUAUGAUCGGGCGACGGUGAAGAUCAAUCGCGAUGUGAAUAUCACAACUGGCUUCGAUGGUUGCAUCUCGCGACUGUAUGACUCGAAGAUGCCAGUGAAUCUGUUGGUGGAUGUUGUCGAUGCGGCCAAUGUGCAGAAUUGCGGUGAACUCAAUGAGAUUGACGGCAACGACAUCGAUGGUGAUCAGCUCUCGCCGGUGGGACAAGAUCAGCAGACGGGCCACGGUUCCGAUGAGGAACAUCAGCCCUACGAGAGUGCUCCGUGUGCCAACGAGCCUUGCGAGAAUGGCGGCACCUGCUCCGAGGAGGGCAAACAGGCUGUCUGCACCUGCAAUCUCGGCUACAGUGGCAAGCACUGCGAAGAUCAUAUUCAAAUCGGCUUCAAUGCCUCGUUCCGUGGCAACGGAUAUCUGGAAUUGGAUCGCAAACAGUUCAGCGAAGAGGUGGAUCAAGAGUUCACCUCCGCCGUGGUCGUCUUCUCCACCAACAAACCCAACGGUCUGCUCUUAUGGUGGGGACAGGAGGCUGGCGAAGAGUUCACCGGCCAGGACUUUAUCGCACUGGCCGUUGUCGAUGGCUAUGUGGAGUAUGCCCUUCGCCUCGACGGCGAGGAGGCUGUGAUUCGCAACAGUGAUACGCCAGUGAACGAUGGCAAUCGUCACAUUGUCAUCGUGAAGCGAUCGGCGAGCACAGCCUAUCUGGAGGUCGAUCGCAUCUCCGAUUCGGGCGAGACGCGACCCACCGGUAAAGACACUAUGCACCUGCCAGGCAAUGUGUUUGUCGGUGGCAUACCGGAUAUAUCGCAAUUUACGGGCAAUCGCUAUAGCCGCAACUUUAGCGGUUGCAUUGUCUUUGUCGAGGGCGACACUGCUGGCCAGAUCAAUCUGGGCAAAUCCUCCAUCCGUGGCAUCAACGUGGACACCUGUCCUGUUAAUGAUGAAGCCCAUGGCGGUACUGAACCUCCAGUCGUUUAAUAUUUAAAGCAACCCCAAGAAUCCCACAACAGAAGUUAGCCUUUUAUCAUUUUUUUUUUUUAUUAAAUAAAUCAACCAACUUUUUGUUAUAUGUAAUUUGCAUAUAUGAAACAAAGGGUAAAUUUAUACACUGCGCUAAUUGUUGUAUCGUAGAAAUGACUAAGCAAUGAGAGAUCCAUGGAUUAAUCAUUAAUCCAAUCCAACCAACAACACCACGAACGAUACGAUGCAAUUGCUUCUUUUAUAUUUAAUCUUAAAUGAAUGGGAAAAGAAAAACAAAAUAAUUAUUAUAAUAAUGAUAAAACAAAAAAAAAAAAAAAAAAACAAAACCAAACAACUAACUUUUAAUGUAUACAACGGCCAUAAGAA